AACCGAUCAACAAGAACAGUGAAUCACUGGGCUCAACCAGGCAUAUAAAACUGAAGUAUUCUUCCUUACUGUUUGCAGUCUCUAAUAUUAUCACAGUGAGAAGUGACAGUGAGCAGUAGAAAAAAAAGUACUACCUUGCUCAGUAGUAGCUACUUCUUAAGCAUUUGCAUGCAAUAGAACAGAGCUAGCUUACUGCUGCAAAGUCAGUUAACGUACACGUCUGUGUGCUGCUACUCAUUUGUUCGAAUUGUAGCUAUAACAAAAACGAAAGGCAAAUAUGGUUGCUAUGACAAAAAAGAUGAAGACUUUCGAGAUCACUUUCAGUGAUCCAAGCAAGACCUUCUAUUGCAGCGGGGACAAAGUAGCGGGGAAGAUCAUUGUGGAAGUGUCCGUGGUGACCAAGGUUUCGGCUAUGAGAGUCAUUGGAGCUGGAUGCGCUAAAGUGGAAUACGCCAAGGGGAAACAACGUUGCCGUGAUGAGAUUGAAUAUCUGAAAUACGAAGAAGUUGUUCACCUGGAUAACCAUCCACAAGAUGUGGAUGGGUCUGUCACCCUCAGACCAGGCAACAGAUACGAGUACAUGUUUGGAUUUGAGCUUCCUCAGCACGGGCAACUGGUCUCGUCCUACAAGGGAAAGUUUGGUUACGUUCAGUACCAUGUGAAGGCAGUCAUGGAGAGGCCCUCCGAGCCAGCCCAGGAGUGCAAGAAAUUCUUUGAGGUGGAAGAGCCGCUGGAUGUCAACACCCCUGACCUCCUGGCCCCCACAGGUGGGACGAAGGAGAAGAAGGUCACUUGCAUGUUCAUCCCUGACGGCCAAGUGUCUCUGAGCGCCAAAAUUGACCGCAAGGGCUAUUGCGAGGGUGAAGAAAUCUGCAUCAAUGCCAAGUUUGAAAACACCUGCUCCCGCAUUGUGGUGCCCAAGGCGGCUAUCAUCGCUAAGCACACCUACCAGGCUAAUGGACGCACCAAGGUCCGCAGCGAGAAGCUCUCAGCUGUGCGUGGUGACCACAUCAUCUCGGGCAUGUGCGACACCUGGCAGGGCAAGGCCAUACGCAUUCCCAAACUCAAGCCCUCCAUCCUGGGCUGCAAUAUCAUCCGCGUGGAGUACGCCCUCAGGAUAUAUGUUCACAUCCCUGGCAGUGACAAGCUGCUCCUGGAGCUGCCCCUGGUCAUUGGGACCAUCCCCUACAAUGGCUUCAGCAGCCGCACCAACAGCAUGAGCAGCCAGCAGAGCAGCAUGGCCUCCAACAGCUGGGCGUCCCUGGGAAUGCCGUCCGCCCCGCCCAGCUACAGUGACAUCUCCUGCGACUACAGGCUGGACAGCCCACUCACCCCCUUGCUGGAUGAUCAUGAUGCCGAUGACAGCCCGAUCUUCAUUCACACACACUCAGAGUUCCAGUACCCUCCUCCUGCUUACACUGAGGUUGACGAGAAGCUCAACGGCAACGGCCGUGUGCUGCAGGUCUGCUAGGCAGGUUUCCAGGACUUCUGGCUGUGCCGUGUGGGCCCGCCUUCACUUCAGCUCUUACUGCUCCAGACAGUGGGAAUUAGAGGGCUUCCAACAUGCGAGAACAGAGGGCAGUGGCAGGAGGACCAUUGGAGUUGGAACUCUUUAGUGUGAGACUGCCCCAGCAUGGAAGGAGAGGCAGAGAGAGGAGAGGUUGAGAGACAAAAACUCUCCAAGCUGAGGGCCUGCUCUGUCAGACACAUGUUUAGUCUUGCACUGCAGAUGGAGCAGAGGUGCAUAUGUGCUCUUUUUAAGUUGUAAAAGGGCCGCUCUGUUAAGGUCUUUGCAGUUCUGGGUCAUCUCAGUCAGUAUUUCACUCCAAAAGACAGAGCUGAGGAUUUUGAAAAGGCACCCAUGUAGAUGCCCCGUUUUGGUAGUGGGGAGACCCCACAAGUUUGGGUUCUCGUCAACAUCUGGCUUUCUUUGGUCUGUCCGUCCAUUUAAAAGCAAUUAGUCAUUCCAUAUACUGUAAAUCACAUUUUUACAGAAGCCAGAAUCUUCCAGACAAAGUAGCCAAUAUUCACAACGGUUUUUAUUUAUGAGGAAGUAUAUAGAACUUCAGUUUGGUUGCAGCUAAUAUGUCACAAAAGCUAUCUGCCAGUGUUCCUGUAUUUAGGAACUGGCAUGUAGCAUCUGUAGGAAUUUGUUGUGUACCAUUUUUCAAAUGUAUCAUUUUGUAUUAUAUUGCACUUUUUCAAAUAUGUGGAUUGCUGUUUUACUGCAUAGUCUCUAGUCUUCCCAAUCUGAACCGUAAUGCUGUAACAGAAAAUAUUGUUCUUGCUGUUACAGCGUGCAUCACAGACUGAAGCUCCUUACCUAUUACAUUCACUUGUAACCCCAUGAUGAAG